CCAUGCUCCACCCAUUGUGUGCUUAUUAAGAGGGAUAUAAGGUCGUAACAAUGCAAUGGACGGUUGGAUAACGGAGUAAUCGUAAGGUGUCGUUUCCUGCCAAUCCGAUGUUCAAUUUUGUGUCGAGCUUUGAAAUUUUUGGGAAAGUGGCAACCGGUAAAGCCUGUCAAAUACCAUAGAAACCAUAGACUAUUUAAUCUUAAUGCUCCCACAACCGACAAACAAGAGCCACUUGUUCUUGACGUAUUUCGAACUUGACUCUGACAAGAAGCCUCAUUCAAAACUCAUUAACAGUCAUCCAUUUAACCAUGAGAUUCAACUUCUGCUAGCUGACACGCAAGCUGAGGUGCUACUUCGAUCCAUUACUGAAAAUGAGCAGUUCUUUUACGAGGUCGAAGCACCGCUAUCAAUGUUUUUAGAUACAUCAUUUUUGGAGAAAAAUCUGACAAAGAAAGCCGGCUCGGAUCAGAAAACUUCAAUGUUUUACAUGCAUACAAUAGACACGUACUUAGAUACUGAAGAUGUGGCAGUUAUUGAUGGUGACGGCCAUCUCGUACUUAGUCUGCAAAAAGAAACUUACGAGGCUUUUGGUUUGGAAGGAAAGGCCGCUACAUUUACUGGAAACGGACGAAGAUAUAUCAUUACCAUCGAUGUAUCAGCACCGACGUUUCGACCGGGUAACAAGACGUUUGACAGAACAAAAUGGUGUUUGGAUAACAAUUUAUCGCGAUCCUUCAAAAUGGUCAUGACCCGAGUUGAUACCAAUACUGGAGCGUCGCUAGAUGUACUUCUUUCCAAUGUACAGCACAACAAAAAAUCAGUAUCAUGGACAUCCUCGAAAUUGGAAGGGAUCCGCUUACCGAAUUUUGAAACUUUGAAACUACCUGAGGGCGCUACCCCUGACAAUAGAUGGAAAGACGAAGCCUUAGAAGCGCACGAGUGGUUGGGAAUGGCAACACUUGGAUCACAAAGGUACAAGUCUCGGCCUACAUGUAUCGUGAAAAUACUUCAUUUGCUAAUGGCCCGUUUAUCAAUUAGACUAUCUGUCAACGACAAGCCGGAUCCAUUUUUAUCAGUAUACAGCUGUCCAGAGCCAUAUACAACUGGCAGCGUUGCAUUACUUCGAUGCGCUGGUUUGGUCACCCCUCAGUACAUUCAAAAUUUGCUGAUCACUCUUAGAAAAGAGAUAAAAGCCAAGCAAUGCUGGGGCGCAUUAACUGUGUGGGGAUAUCGUGAUUCACCUAUAGCAUGGCGCGGCCGAGAGCAUGGCUUUCUCACAAGUGGUGAGAAUGAUUAUACCAUUUUGCUUUUGAGAGAAGAGAAAGAUGCUUGUGAGCAACGAGCAGUUUGCUACCAGGCACUUGGAGUCUAUGACGCAUUGUAAAUAUGUAAUACCUGUUAGAUUACUGAAUAAACCCUGAUUAUCGCCAUUUGUGACGCUUAGACAUCAUUCUCAAAAUAUUA